AUGGAGCUGUGGAUUGUUGUGCUCUCUUCAUUGCUGGGAGUCCUCUUCAGUCAAGAAGUUCAGCAGCUCACUAUUGAUGAAUGCUGCAAAAAAGGCCAGAGUCAAGGCAACGAUAACCAAGCCUGUUCGACCGUCCCACUCAUCUCCUCGUCCCCUAUAUGCAGAAUUGUGCAGGAGCAGUGCUGCGUUGCAGUGCUUGAGGACAACAUGUGCACUACCGGCAUCAACAUGGCCAAAGACCAACGAACAUGUGAUUCUUUGUUCUCAAACACCUGUGAGACCAAAACCACCAAGAUGUGCUGUGAUUGUUGCCUCCUGGGGAUGACGGGCCAGGAGCAGGGACUUCCAUGCGACCACAACCUGUCUCUUGGUUACCAGUGUGGCCUGGUGUACCGUGCCUGCUGCGUGUCCGGAGCACCUGACAAUCAAACAGAGCCCACAGUGCAAACUGAACUUCCAAAUAAAGAUGAGACCAAGGACACUGGAGACAACUCAGUAUUAAGUGAUGAGUGCAAUGGAAAAUGUGCUCAUAAUUGUGUGGGUAAUGAUACCUGUGGCUGUUUCAAAGGUUACCAAUUGAAGCCAGAUGGAAAGAGCUGUGAAGACAUUAACGAGUGUUGGAGGGGAGCUAGCAACUGCCGAGUGGGCGAGCGUUGCAUCAACACCGAGGGCUCUUUCCGUUGCCAGAGAGAGGUCAGCUGCGGAACCGGCUACGAAAUGACAGACAACAACAACUGCAAAGAUAUUGAUGAGUGCGAGACCAAAAUGCACAACUGUGGCCCAGAGUUUGAGUGUCAAAACACCCAGGGCUCAUUUCGUUGUCUCCCUAAGGUCAAAUGUGGUGCUGGUUUUAUCCAGGAUGCAUUGGGCAACUGCAUUGAUAUCAAUGAAUGUGUUAGCCAGACAGGUCCGUGCCAAAGGGGGCAGCUAUGUAUUAACACAGUGGGCUCGUACAUCUGCCAGAGGAACUCCGUCAACUGUGGACGGGGCUACCACCUCAACGAUGACGGCACACGUUGCAUUGAUAUUGAUGAGUGCAAAGGCCCCGAAAAGGUAUGUGCAGGUCACGGCUGCAUCAACACAAUGGGGUCCUACCACUGCCAGUGUGACAAUGGCUACAACUUCAACAGCAUCACUCGCCUCUGUGAGGAUCUGAACGAAUGCAUGCACUACCCUGGACGUCUUUGCGCUCACAAGUGUGACAACACUCCAGGGUCCUACAAAUGCAGCUGCACCACUGGUUUCAAGCUGUCCAGGGACGGAAGGAACUGUGAUGAUUUAAAUGAGUGUGAAAGUAACCCCUGCAGUCAAGAAUGUGCCAAUGUGUACGGCUCCUACCAGUGUUAUUGUCGGCGUGGUUACCAGCUCAGUGACACUGACGGAGUGACGUGUGAAGAUAUAGACGAAUGUGCCCUGCCAACUGGAGGUCACAUCUGCUCCUACCGUUGUCACAACACCCCCGGAAGCUUCCAUUGUUCCUGCCCUGUUAGCGGCUAUACCCUAGCACCCAACGGACGCAGCUGCCAAGAUAUUGAUGAAUGUGCGGCAGGUACACACACAUGUGCUGAUAACCAGAGUUGUUUCAACGUGCAAGGCGGAUUCCGCUGCUUGUCCUUUGAUUGUCCUAACAACUACCGUCGGGUUGGAGAUACAUCGGUACGGCCCGAACGCUCUGACCCAAUAAGAUGUAUCAAGACCUGCCAGCCCAACGACGUCGCCUGCAUCAUGGAUGAUACGCAUUCGGUGUCCAACACUUUCAUCUCUCUGCCCACAUUCAGAGAGUUUACAAGACCUGAAGAGAUCGUUUUUCUGAGAACCACAGUGCCGGCUUAUGGUUCCUACCGUUUGGGCAGCUAUGACGUCAAGUUCAACAUCCUGGAGGGCAAUGUGGAAAACGCCUUCGACAUCAUUAAACGUGUGGAGAAUGGACUGUAUGUGGGUGUAGUCCGACAAGUGAAGCCGCUGAUUGGCCCAUUGACGACAGUACUCAAACUGUCCAUGCGCAACGUGACGGCUCAAGGUGACUCAGGCCAGAACAUCAUCAACGUUUACGUCUUUGUGUCGGAGUUCUGGUUCUGA